AAAUUACCUACAAAAAUGAGUUAAAACUGGCAAUUACCGAUAAAAUUGGAAGAAGAUUAGAUGAUAUAAAGAAAACACAUUUAUUCUCAGAAACCGCUACUAAUCAAUUUUUGAAGAUGGUAGUAAACGUUGAACAAGAAAGAAUGAGACAGAAAAUCAGACCUUUGGAUAGUGAUAAGAUAGCAUUUUUAAUUUCUGAACUAUUUAGG